AUGGAUCUAUCUCGGAGUCAACUCUAUUCGUUCACAAUCUGUCACAACAACGAACCGGUCAUUCAUUUGGCCGACAAUUCAGAGACCGAGAGUCAGUUUAGCCCUAAUCGUUUAAGCGUCACUUCUAUGCGUCUAUUAUUGAUGACGAGGCCUCCCAUCGAAGUGGGCUUUUGGGCGCUUAUGGAUAUUUGCAAUUGUCUGCCUUUAAUAUAG